AUGGAGGCAUCGUUGCUGGAGGCAAUCGGCACAUGGAGGGUUGGUGCUGCCAAGACUGGGAUUGCCACGUCCACCGCCGCGACGGGCAUUGGCCGCGGCGUCCUCCCCGCGCCGAGCCGGGCAGCCCGCCUUCCUCCGGGGUCAGUGACUGCGUCUCCUGCCAGGAGCAGCCUCGAGGCGGCCGAGGGGCUCUACAGCCAGCUGGAGGAGGAAGUCCACGACCUGGUGUCCAAAUCCAACAGCUGCCUGGAGCGCCUGGAGUUCCUCCGGAAGACCAGGGAGCUCGAGGCCGAGUUCGGCGAGCUCGGGCGCUGGCUGGACGGCGAGGCAGCGGCUCGGCUGGAGGAAAUGGGUGCCCAGGAGUGGAGCCCCGACGGCUGCGAGAAACCCUGCGAGCAGUUUAAGGAAUUCCUCACUCAGGCAACAGCUCGGUACAACCACGGGCUGGCUCUGUGUCAGGAAGCAGCUGAGGUCCAAGACUCGGCUUUCCCCGAGGCAGACUCCUUCCAGGUAGCUGCAGCCCUUUUUCGGACCAAGCUGAUGAGCUUCCACGCGGCCGUGGAGCGACGGCGGGCUGAGCUGGAAAUGCUGGAGGAGCUCUGCCGCUUCUCCAGCAAGAUCACGUGGCUCAACUUGGACUGCAAAUGCUGCUUGGCCUGCGUGAAGCGCGGGGAGAGUCAGACGGGGAACCUGGAGGUGCUGCAGUGCCUCGAGAGCUCCUUCCAGAAGCUGUCGGUGGACUUCUCCCUGAAGAAGCUGCAGGAGAUGGAGGCCCACGUGCACGCGAUGCGGAGCAGCAGCGGGCUGGGAGCAGGGACCGCGGCGUGGCAGAGGUACCAGGAGGCCAGGCAGGUCCUCGAGGAGAUGCUGGCAGAGCUGCAGCAGGCCUGGGCAGCGGGCGCCGACGGCCACGGGAAGGGAGACGCCUUCGGCUCCUCCCACGCGGGGCCCGCAGGGGUUUACUGCUGCGGGCCUGCUCCCGUCAAAGCCAUCAAGGAAGGAGACCUGACGAUGAAGUACGACAUCCCCUUCAUCUUCGCCGAGGUCAACGCCGACGUGGUGUACUGGAUAACAACCCGAGACGGGUCUCAGAAGAAGACCACGCACUCCUCCAUCGUGGGCAAGAACAUCAGCACCAAGGGCGUGGGCCGGGACAGCAGGGAGGACAUAACCCACAACUACAAGUACCCGGAGGGGUCCGAAAAAGAAAGGGAGGUGUUUGCAAAAGCAGAGCACGAGAAGAGCUAUCUCUCCGAAGAGGACGAGGGAUUGCACCUCAAGAUUAAGCUGUCGGAGGGCGCCAACAACGGCUGCGACUUUGACGUCUUUGCGGUCAUCAACAACAACACGGAUACGGAGCGCGUUUGCAGGCUCAUGAUCUGCACCCUUCAGGGCUUAGAAAACUAA